CCUGUGCUCACACAGACAGGAAGUGCUUUGCCAAACUCCCAGGAUUCUUUGCUUCAAACAAAACAAAAUGACAUCAGGAUGUUGGAAUCUCGAGAGCAGUGGAACAGCGGCAUGGUCGGAUUCCCACGACUCCUGGGGUGAGGCCUUCUGGUCCUGCUGGGGCCUGACAGGACGAUGGUGCCCCAAAAGAAGCUGCAGGAGUUUGGUCGGGUUCUGAGGGGCUGACUGUUGACUGGAAGCGUUUACUGAGGCUGUGUCGGCGGGGGGAGCGCUGUCCGCGGUGCUGAAACGCUGCCCUGAUGUUACAGCGGAAUGAAACGCUCACUCCUGGUGCAGACAGAGAAGUGUCGCAGCUAUAAAGAGGGUGGGCGAACACUAAAAGUACAGCUUUUUUAUUACAAUAUCACUUUUUUAUUCAUUUAUUAAUUUUUUUUUACUGUAUUUAAUCAUUUGUUUUCGUCUCCGAGUGGCCCUGCGAGGCGAUGUUUUGACUUCCAAAAAGGGCUUAUUUAGUUUAAAAAAAAAAAUGUUUUUGAUUGACAACCAAAUUGGCGAAUGGCGUUUGUUUGCUAUGUCCCGCCCCCUUGAAGAGGAGCCAAUCACGUGGGAGAGCCUCCGAGAGCAUAAGCGGGUGGACGGAGCCACUCCGCGUAUACUUCCGCGUCAGUCAGUGCGCGCGCCGUGUGUAGGCUGAAUGGGGAUGAAACGCCGAGUGCGGAGAGGUAUAGGCACGCUGUGAUACGGCCCUAUAUAUAUUCGCCGGCAGGACUAUCUUCUUUUAAAGACAACCUCCUCCUCGCUUUGGUUUCCACUCAGUGAUGUCGCAUAUUUGUGUGGCGCACCUGUAAAGAGCGAGACAGGCAGAAGCCGGGUGUUUUUUUUUUUUUUUAAUUUUUCCUCCCAAUGAUUUGAUUCAUUUUUUUUCCUCCUCUUUUCUUCUGUUGUGUUUUUUAUUUUCUUUUCGUUUCAUGCAUUUGCUCAAAGGAAACUCCAUUGUCUGUGUUUUUCAUUUAAUAAAUAUUUAAUUUGCUCAUUUUAUCUUGUUUGUGUUGGCUUUUAUGUUUACAAGUUUGAACUGAGAGAGCGGAAUCCGUCAUUUUACAGUGUUUUCAUUCAGAGAUUUGUCCUUUUUUUAUUUUUUUACCUCUUUUUUUGCACAAGGACGUCCCUAACUUUCAAUUGUAGAAACGACGGCAACUCCGCACUAACAUGGCAGUCAGACUGUGCGAUGUGGCUUCACUGCUUAGAAGUGGUUCGUGGGCGCCUGAGCCUUGGACUGGGCAGGUAAUUGCUGCCAUGGAAACACAGCUGUCCAAUGGACCAACGUGCAACAACACGAGCAACGGUCCCUCAACAAUGUCAAACAACUGCUCUUCUCCUGUAGAGUCAGGGAGCAUAGAGGACAGUAAAACUAACUUGAUAGUCAACUAUCUGCCUCAGAACAUGACCCAAGAAGAGCUGAAGAGUUUGUUUGGGAGCAUCGGAGAAAUUGAGUCCUGUAAACUCGUUCGAGACAAAAUAACAGGGCAGAGCUUAGGCUAUGGAUUUGUCAACUAUGUGGACCCUAAAGACGCAGAGAAAGCCAUCAACACCUUAAAUGGCUUAAGACUCCAGACAAAAACCAUCAAGGUUUCCUACGCUCGCCCAAGCUCCGCCUCCAUCCGAGAUGCAAACUUGUACGUCAGCGGCUUACCGAAGACGAUGACGCAGAAAGAGCUGGAGCAGCUCUUCUCCCAGUACGGACGCAUCAUUACCUCGCGCAUCCUGGUGGACCAGGUGACCGGUGUUUCCAGGGGAGUUGGAUUCAUUCGUUUUGACCGGCGGGUCGAGGCGGAGGAGGCCAUCAAGGGCCUGAACUGUCAGAAGCCGCCGGGCGCCACCGAGCCCAUAACGGUCAAGUUUGCCAACAACCCAAGCCAAAAGACCAGCCAGGCCCUGCUGUCCCAGUUGUACCAGUCGCCCAAUCGAAGGUACCCAGGACCCCUCGCACAGCAGGCACAGCGCUUCAGGUUGGACAAUCUGCUGAACAUGGCCUAUGGAGUGAAAAGCAGGUUCUCCCCCAUGGCCAUCGACGGCGUGACCAGCCUGGCCGGCAUCAACAUCCCGGGCCACGCAGGAACCGGCUGGUGCAUCUUCGUCUACAACCUGGCUCCGGACGCAGACGAGAGCAUCCUCUGGCAGAUGUUCGGCCCGUUCGGCGCCGUCACAAACGUCAAGGUCAUUCGCGACUUCAACACAAACAAGUGCAAAGGAUUUGGCUUCGUCACCAUGACUAAUUAUGACGAGGCGGCGGUGGCCAUCGCCAGCCUGAACGGAUACCGCCUCGGGGACAGAGUUCUGCAAGUGUCGUUCAAAACCAACAAAACACACAAAGCCUAAAAAAACCCACUGAGAUUGUUCUUAAAAAAAGAAAAAAAACUCACCAGAAAGUGAAACAUGGGAGCUUUUGACCGUAACUUUCUACAUUAGUAACAACAGCUUUGUAAUCGAUAUUUAGCGUCCAACAAUGUGACUUUUGUUUCAAUGCUUUCAGUCUUUAUAUAGUUUAAAAAAAUAGAGCAGGUUUGAAGGCCUGUCAUGUUCUACAGAUGAAGCACCUGAAAUGUUCUGGGUUUUGUCGUUUUGUUGCUCUUUGAUUUGACCCAGUAAGUCUCGUAAGGCUGUGACUUUUCUUUCUUCACUUUUCUGUGUCCCGUUUCCCGUCGCUGCAUUAGGCUUUUAGUGGUAAAGCAAGUACUUCUUUUUGAGCCUUUUUUUUUCUUUUUCGUUCUGUUGGUUUCUCGUAAUGGUUAUCGGUUGGCUGCAUUACGUUGCUUAUUGUAAAACUUAGCCGAUUAAAAAAAAAAAAAUGAAAAGACAAAAAAAAUUCUUAAAGCAGUACCUUGCCAAAGAGCUAAGAACCUCUUUGAUGUGGGUUUAAAAAGCAUCUAUUUUUAUAAACAGAAAAAUUUGGAGAAACUUUUUACUGGACCUGGAACAAAAAAAAAAAUAUUUUGACUUGGAUACUUUGAGAAAUAUCUUCAUAUGACACCUUGUGAGCUUUUGAACUUUACAAGAAAGUUUGCAGUGGUCGACAUUUCUGGAGAGAUGUUAACGAUGUAAAAGAUACCUUUUGAGAUCUUUGUAUUACCUUUAGAUUCUAGAAUCAGUGGCAGUGCUGGUUUCAUUUGUCGAAUCGUCUGUGGGUCCUGCUCCAUCCCGGUCGUCCGCUCGACCCCUCCCCCGGUCGUCCGCUCGACCCCUCCCCCGCCCCCCAACGGUGCACUUUGCUUUUCCGGACGAAGCGGGGGAGGUGGUUCCCCCCGAACAGUGCAUGCCUAGAGGAGAUCUUCAAAGGUUCGCGGGGAAUUAAAUCAGUUCUUCCUUUAAGAUUCCCUCCAGAUGGAGCUGGUGGCGGUUUGUGGCGCUCCCACCGUGUAUCAUUAGACCAGUCUCGGCUCGAUAUGAAUCAUUUUUAAAUACUUUGUACGACUGACGGAGGCAGAACAAAAACGAAGCUCUGAAGAAUCGGGUGACUCCUAAGCGUUGAGCUGUGUAAAUAAGUCAUUUUUUUUGGUUCGGUUUAUGUUGCGUAUUGAACACUUUGCUUUAGGUUUGGAUUCCUGGAUUUGGAAAGUGAUAUUUUUUUUUCUUGGAGUACGUGAGGUGUUUUUUGAGUUAAAAAUCUUUAUUUUUCGUUGUCCUAUGGACGAACACUGAAGUGCAUCAAAUUUGUUGGUGGUUUGGUCUGUAGUUAGUCUUUGUUUGUUACAAAAAAAGUAUUCAACUAUAGACAGUUUUUUUUUUAAAUAUAUAAACAUUAUAGAUAUAUAUUUAUGUGGUGAAGAAUGGAUAUAAACCACAUUUUUGGAGUUUUUUUUUCAUACUAUAUAUAAACAUAAUGCAUAUAACCUGUCUUUAAAAAAAUCGUAAAAAAAGGUGUCUAUUGCUUUAUUCUGAGGAAGGACGGUGAAGCAGAAACAAAUAGCAAAAGUGGUUGCAAAAGUUGGUUGGCGGCGGUGGGCGGAGCCUGGCAGUCUGAAUCCUGCACCUGCAUCCUUUCUGCUAUUUCAACCUAGUCAUGCUUCCCUUACUGAGCAGUGUGCUAUGCAUUCAAUGAUCCUUUGCAACUGCUUUUUCUUUAGACAACUUCUUUGUGUUCCUUGUAAAAGUUACUCUUUAAGUCUAGAUGAGUUGUGAUACUUGCUGCUGUAGGGGGGGUGGGGGCACAUACUUUUACGCCUGACCCAUCAGAGGUUAUUUUUGUUUUUUAUUAAAGAGAUCCAUCUUUUCUUUGGGGAGGUUUGACUCCGAUGGUCCGGCGUGGAAACCUGUCCCCCUCCGACCCCCUUCUCCUGAUCUCGAUUCUUUAGUGAGAAUGAUUAUUUAUUUGAAGUUGUAUAGUCCGACUCGGUUCACAACGUUUUUUGGGAUAGAAUAUUUUUGUUGACUAUUUAAAAGGAUGUACAUGUUCUUUACUUUGUGUUUGGAUACUUUGAAUUUUUUCAAUGUUCAGUACAUCAAUAAAUAUGUUUGAAGGGCAA